UUCUUCCGUUGUUUUCUCCAUAAAAACGUGUUAGUAUCGGAAAAAUGUCUAAAACGUGUUCCCAACACUUAAAACUUAAAAAAUAUGCCAUGUGUAUUUUUUUCAACAAAUAUGGCAAUACCAAAAUGACGGUCGAUUUGAAGCGCUUAAUUCGAAUUUUUGUUUAUAUUUGAUUAUCGAAAUUGUUUUAGGAUCAACAUUACUACAAAAUUACAUAGUAAUUUACAUAGUAAUUACAUAAUAAUAGGAAGAAGAAAAAAUAGAAAGAAUAAUAGGAAGAAGAAAAAAUUAACCCUAAAAACAUGCGUUUUUAAAUUUUAUUUUGCAAAAAUUUUGCAUAAAUUGCGAUUUUUUUUUAAUUUUCUCAACGCUAUUCGGUAGAGCAACAUCGAAGAUAAUUCUUGACAUGGCAAAUAUAUAUGUUUGAGAAAAAACAAAAAAAUAAAAAAAUUGUGCCUUUUGACAAACACAACAAAAAUGUUUCAGAUAUGGUCAAGAUGUAUCAAAUGUCCUGUAUACGGUAGUAUACUCUGUAGUACGGUUUCUAAUAAUUAUUGUUCGUAUAAACAUUUUUCUACAGCAUAUAAUAAAUUUUCAAAAAUUCCGUCGUCAACAUUUUAAUCCAUUAACGUCCAAAUGUGCUGAAAUUUUACAUUGAUUUGAGCCAUUUAUUUUACUACGGAAGUUUGUUGUUUAUAAAGAGUACCAUUUCUACCAAUUUCGAUGUCGCUCUAUCGAAUAGCGUUGAAAAAAUAAAAAAAAAAAAUCGCAGAGAAGAUCACGUUGUUAUAAGUUGUUGAAUUUCAUUCGAUGUCGGCUAUAAGAUCGUCCAAACAAAAAUGUAAUGUUCCAUAAAAAUGUCCUUGACUUUGAAAUCUCUGAAAAAAUAGUCGUGAAAAAACAUUUUCCUAUUAUCAUAAUUUUUCCCUCAAACAAUAUUACUUUUUUUUUAGGUACGUUUCUUUAUAUCAUCAAACAUAACAGAAAUAUUUUAGGUUGUCAAUAUAUAUGCGCGCGAAACAUCAUGUAUAUUAUUUCCUUCUUAUCAAUAAUUUUGUCAGUGUUUGUUUAAAGUUAUAUCAGAAACUGUUUUUAGAAUAGGAUAUGUUAGGCGCUGUAGCUUCAUUCCCCGUAAACAUAGAAGAAGAAGACAAUACUGGAGAAUUAAUUAUAUUCGAACAGAAAUAUGUUAAUGACAUAAUAGAUCGUUGGUAUGAAUAUAUGGGGUUACCUAUACCAAUGGCGGAGGAGUUUCUAAAUAUUUUAUCACUAGCCAACGGUCAUAAAAUAACUAUUUCGGUUAAAAGAUGUACAUAUCUCCAUUUCCUUGACAUAUUUAGUGUAAUGAUUGACAAGGUCGAGGAUUUGGGCAAUUUUGCAAUCAUACAGGCAGUUUUGGAUGAGGACGAAUCAGAAGACGAAUCAAUAGUAACAGAAAUAUCAGAGCAACUUCAAGCCAUUUUAGAAGAUUUAUGUGUACUACCAGACGAUAUAGUGCAAAAAUCACUUAGAGAAAUGAUAGAAGAAGUUAAUAUGUAAGGAAAAAUAAUAUAUCAUGUAUAAUUUUUUAUGAUUCACAAUACAGAAAAUAAUAAAGACCCAGUAAAAACCAACUAUAUCAGUAACAUAAUAUCAAUAUUAUAAUCUCCCACUCAACAAUAUAAAUAUAAUAUAAAUCGUGUGACAUGUAAUAGUUAUAGUGUUAAACAGGAAAUUAUAAUAUUAAUGUAAUAUUACUGUUAGUUUAUUGGAGGAUUAAUGAAGAAAAAAGCAAUUCGCGUAACGAUUUAAAAUUAGCUACAAAUUAUAUUAGUAUACUAAGUUACUUCCCAAUAACAUCAAGUAUUAGUAACAUAACAUCGAUUUUAUAAUGUCAGUUCAAUUAUAUAGUAUGUUAUGUAUAUGUUUUAUAACAUGUGACAUUUACAUAACAUUUGUUGUAACAUUUUUGUUGUUCAAUGUCAUGUUACUGAUAAUUGGUGAUUGAUUACUGAUGACGGGUACUUGUUUACUGGGUUUAUAGGCGUUUCUCAUGUUUAACAAUAUAAAUAAUUUAUAAAUGAUAUACAGGUUGUCUGAUAAUCAUGUAAUCAAAUAACGUUCUUGCGUAGGUAGAUCAUAUUAGAUUGAACAGGAAAGUCCUUUAUUAUUUUAUGAAUUUUUAAAUAGUUUUUAAGGAACUAAUUAGACAAUAUCCAGUGAGAAAUAAAUGCGCGGAAAGUGUUAGGACGAGCUUUGGAAGCCAGUGUGGCUGGAUAGUGGAGGUUUGAAAUUUAACAUUAUGUACAGCUUGCCGUUGUCUGGGGAUUGUUAAAUAAUUUGAGCCAUCUUGAACAAGAUUAUGUUUAUCAAGAUCGUUGCAUUGCUUCCCGCGCACUUAUUCGCUAAUAAUGUUUAAUUAAAUCCUUGAUAAUUAUUACAAAAUAAUAGACAACUUUUCUGUUCAGUCUUAUGUUCGAGUAGUAUAUCAUUAACUGUUAGAUACCUCCAGUAUAUGUAUAUUAUAAUACAAUUAAUAAUAUGUUGUAAAAGUUAUAUUCCUUUCAUUAAAAAUAAAAUCGUCUA